AUUUUUUGGGUGAAUUACCGCAGUAAAAGAAAUCAAGGCCACAACGCAAACCGCGUUUAAUGGUUAAAACGUUUAAUUCCAUGUCCUUGUAGAUAAAAACAUUUCUACUUCGGUAUUGAUUUACUAGUAAACUUUUGGCGGAAAUACGAUAAAAAAAUCAAUGUAAAUUAUCUUUAAACUAGAAGCGACUUAAGCUCGUUUACACACGGGAGAUUACCUAGAUUGUUGCAUUAUUAUGUUUUCCGCAUAUUUGACCUUUCACUCUUUUUCAAAUCGAUGUUGUUUUUUCCCCGCGCAUCCCAAUUUAAAAUGAUGACAGGAUGAUCAGGAAAAAAAAAGUUUAAAACAGUUUGAGCAGUGACGUAUGCAUAGCUUGACUUUCCCCCUGUUAUCAAUCCUGAUAAGAUAUCCAUUCGUUCUAGCUGAGUUUAGUGUAUGUAAAAAUUUUUAAACAGUUGUUCUUAUCCAUGCCUUUGGGCGUUACCGACUGACCAAGUAUUUCGAGAAACAUUUUUUCUCCUUUUUACUUUAGCACAAAUUAAAAUUCAAAAUGGGCGCUCUAGACAAUAAGUUGUUUGUUAAAAAAGGCAUGUACAUUUUGGCAGGUGUUUUUAGUUUACUUGGUAUAAUCUUCAACAGUGUUGCAUUGGGUACCAAUAACUGGAUUGUCUCCGAAGGCAGUCAAAAUUCGACGGAGGAUCCUUCUGUGAUUUCGGUAAACUAUGGACUGUUUAAUGGCCACAAAUCGUUAAAAGGGAAAUUGGAUAUUUCGCCGGUUUCCUACAGUUUGGCAGUUUAUUGUCUUUCUGGCGAAGGCAUUUGCUUGGUGAGCUGCGGAACGACAGACGAAGAAAAACAACAGGAAUUUGAUUAUCUCAGAUUUGGCGCACAGCCUUUUGCAUGCAGUCCUAAAACAGCAAUAAGGUCUACUAGCAGAUCUCAUCUUAUACAACUGGCAAAUGAUAUUCCCGUUGAACGAACUUCACGUUCAGAACCAGUAAGACCGAACGAAGAGUUUAUGGACUACGGGCUGUGGGUUACUACCCUUGUUUUCUUAUCGUUCAUGCUGGCCUUUCAAAUAAUUUCGGCCGGGUUGUGUUUUUUCAACACGGCAACUGUACCCAUUGAGACUUUGGUAGGACCAAUGGGCAUCUAUUUGAGCAAUGGCGUUGUCGUUUUAACUGGAUUAAUUACUUUGUCGCUAUGGGGGGAUUUAUAUUCAUCGGAAUUGUCAUCUGAAUUAGCGAUUCAAGAAACAAUACUAGAUAAAUACAUCAUGAGCUCGACUAACCUCGGCUUCUCGUAUUGGUUUGUACUUUGGACUCUGAUACUGGCUAUCGCUACAAUGGUGUGCAUUCGGUUCCGCAACUCUUUAAAAAAAUUCAGCAACCAGAACGAUGGCGUAGAAAGAUCAGCUCCAGGCGGAAUGUUAUACUAGUUAUUAUAUUAGGCUUGCUCACAAUUUUUUCUCAUCUCCCAUGAACAGUUGGAUACACAUAAUCCCCCCCCCCCAAACAAUGAUGGUGAUGCAACUCAUGUUGCAUCACUUGAUGACGCAACGUUUCCUUAUAUUACGAUGAAGAAUUUCCCCUUGUCCAAAAUUGAAACUAUGCAUAAUAAAAUUGUAAAUUUAUGGAAA